ACAUUGUACCACUUUGCGUCAAGCUGGGUCGGUCGCGCUCCUCUCCGUCUCCCCCAGGAGAGCGUGACAUCUCCUCGAACACAAGGGCUGGCAGACUCACACGACGCCGUCCACCUCCGCCACUUAAUGGGCUAAAGGCUCAGGCGAAACCUGCCUUGGACUGGAGUACAAGCUACCAGGCGGGAUCUUCUAGUUCUCAGUCCGGUGAGAGCUCAAGUUCUGACAGCGAGGUGGAACGUCAGCACGCCCGGGCGCAGUCGCAAGGCAACAAGACUAUUCCGAAUGGCAACUCAUCGCCCCUACUGCAGCCUCACGCUGAAUCUGAUCACUCGAGUACGGGCAGCUCCCCGAAACUUGUGUCCUCAAAUCUGCCUCCGCGCAGGUCGCGCUCUCCCGUGAUAAAGAUACUGUCCGCAUAUUCCCAGCCACAAGCUAGACGCACCGUAUCGCCCAAUGCUCCAGCACGCAGUAAAGCCCAUGGUCAUCAUUCAACGUAUCGUUAUCUCCUUCCGAACACAUUUUGCGUUACAUUACCUUACCCAUCGGGAAGACGGAGCGUGAAGGUCUCCGGAGACGUACGAAAAGCCGGUGAAAAUAUCAUGUUAUUACUUUCUUUGUUAUACGGGAUUCGAAAAACUUGGGAUACUUCCGAAGGCGGCGAUAACUGGAUUGCAUUUGAACUGGCAGGAGUUAUUUUACUUUCUAUAAUUUAUCUCAUUUGGACACAUCUUUCAUACUUUUCUCUUCCAAAACCUCUGCCGACAAGGCGUUCCUCGUCACAAAGCCGCCACCGCUACCGGUCCUCAUCUCCACAAAUAAAUAGAAGAUCAACUACAUUAUUUAACGCAUUUCCGGUCCGAAAGGACGAUUUUGGUUAUAUUUGGAUGACAGUACCCAAAAACUAUAGAGAAAGUACAGACGACGGUGUCCUUACGGCUUUACUUAUAGGACCUUUGAUCUCGACAGCUUGCUUGUUUGCUGCUAGACAGAGAUUACUUACUACAUCUCCCUCGACCACAUAUCUUCCCCAAUCAUGGCUCAUUGAAGCACCAAUCACUCUGCGCCGUCUGGAUGCAUGGAGCGUACUAGAUUCAUUGCACCGCUCGCGUCAUGCACUGGUGCAACUUUCCAGCCUUACCUCGUCGUUGCUCCUGGUCCACCUUUUCUCAUCUCGAAUGUACGAAAGUUACCAUCGGUCGCGGAAAACUGUUCCGGAGUCAGAACGGGCAAGCGUACCACGGAGCGAAUGGCUAAGGUCAAGAUUGUAUAUUGCGUUCUCGACAACAGUCUCGCUUGCUGCACUUUCCGUAAAAUUCGGAUUUGUCUAUUCAGGCCUUGGAAUCUGGAGGGACCUAUCUUACUUUGACGUUGCUGCUGUCUCUGCAUUUUACCAGCUGACUUUGUACAUGGCAAUUCGGCUUGCACACCAUAGCUUCACCUUGGGUGAACUGGGGCUUGCCGCUUUUGGUGCUGCUAUAUUGUUUAUGGAGAGCCUACAUGUUACAAUUGCAAGAAUAUGGCCAGUUACUACAUUGUACCUGAAGACCUUUCGCCUCCCCACUCCUCUACUAAUACUCCAGUUAGCCCUCAUUCCUGGAUCCAUUCUAGUUGGUGCUCUCCUCGCACCAUUGCUGUAUCUUUCGCGGCACAUCGCCCAACGCCCACUCCGCAAACUCCGCUUUCCCGAGGAGAAGCGAGUACAUCGUCGGUUCCUUGCCCUUGGUUUCUAUCUCGGAGCCGCUCUCAUUAUCGGCGGUCUCAUUGGCAUGUGGGCGCGAUGGUGUCUCGGUGGACGUGAUCCUUGGACUUGGACGAUCCGGUGGAUCCUCCAGGGGAAAAAGAAGUGGACCCGACCGCUUCUCUUAGCAUACUGGGGUCUCCUGGUAUGUGUAAGCGUUGCAGGCUGGGGCAGACGACUCUUUCGCUCGCGGAAGUACAGGCAUUCGGUCGUCCUACAACCCGCAACGGGUAUCAGUGUGGAGUCUUCACAUCACACUGGCCAAUCGUCAGCCACACCGUCCACUCCUCCUUUUGCAUCGGGGGUGAUUGCUAGUUAUCCGGAUGCGACUUCAGCAGGUACGAACUAUACAAGCCCGGCGUCGAGCGGUGCACACAACUUAGUUCCGAUUCUCCCAAACGGGACCAAUGUGUCUGUGUCGGGUGUUGCCACAGACCUUUUGGAUGCGGCAGACAAAAGGAUGCCUUCGUUAGGCUUAAAUUCGAGAAGGAAGUUUUUCCAUGCCCUUGCGGUAAUCAUGUUCGUUCCGGGUAUCGCCAUUGACCCUGCCUUCACACAUCUCUCUUUCAGCGUAGCCUUUGCCAUUUUCACGUUCGCAGAGUAUAUGCGAUAUUUUGCGCUGUACCCGUUCGGUGCUGCGAUUCACGUGUUUUUGACGGAGUUUACGGAUGAUAAAGAUAGUGGAACUGCUAUUUUGAGUCAUUUUUAUUUGUUAACAGGGUGUGCUAGUACCGUUUGGCUGGAAGAUUAUUCGAAGUUGCUCAAUUUCACCGGAGUACUUGUUUUGGGUAUAGGCGAUGCAAUGGCUUCUAUAGUCGGAAGGCGAAUAGGCAAAACACGCUGGUCCGCAAGCUCGUCCAAGACUCUAGAAGGCAGCGCUGCCUUCGUCGUCUCUGUCGUUAUCUGCGCGUGGAUCCUUCGGCUCUGCGGUCUGGUCGAGUCUUUCAGCACGGUUCGGUAUACGGCGGUUGUUACGAUCGCUGCUGUUCUUGAGGCGCUUUCGGUUCAGAACGAUAAUUUGACGCUGCCUUGGUAUACGUGGAGCAUGCAGAUAUUGAUGAGUGUGCGAUAGGCGUCGUGUAUAUUUUCCUUUUUGGUUAUAUAGGGAUGGUGUUGUUGAUCUAGUGUAUGAAAUUUGAGAAGUUUGGUAUGCG